AUGUUACAACAUUUCUGCAAUUCUCAGAGGACCAAACUCCAUUUUUGUUACACACUUGAGGCCCAUCUUUCAAAGUCAAACUCCUUAUACUAUGGAUGUAGUAACAUUCGGCAUUAUAAUAGGCAUAAUAAUACUCUUCUUCUGCGCUGUUUGUGUCUUCACCAUCGAAGGCACUUGCAAAAACCGCAAUUCUUGAUUCCAAACACCCUUUUCCCAAACACGCCCUUAUCACCCCCUGCCUCCAUAAAUUUAGGGGUUUUACCUGAUUUUGUUCUUGCCCAGACUGAAAAAAUGUCAAAGAUUGAAUCUUUACUGAAACAGAUCUGUUUCUGUUUAAUCAUUUCUAUUUCUUUAGGGUUAGUGAUUUUUGGGUCUUCUUUAUCAGCUGAAGCUCACCAGUGUAACCAUGGUCAUGGGCAUGACCAUGACCAUCAGGGACAUCAUCAUCAUCAUCAUGGGAUGAGUGAAGUUAAGCAGAGGAAGCUUCCAGAAGAAUUAGCAGAAGAGGAGGAUCUAAAGCUGUUAGGAUUUGGGUCCCAUGAUGACGUGGACGUGCAUCAUCAUCAUAAUGGACAUGGAGCCAAGGAUCUUACUGGUCUUGGUCUUUGGGUCAAUGCAAUGGGUUGCUCACUGUUGGUGAGCUUGGCUUCCCUUAUAUGCCUGAUUAUUUUGCCUGUAAUAUUUUUAAAAGGGAAGCCGUCAAAAGCUGUUGUUGAUUCUUUGGCGUUAUUUGGGGCAGGAGCCAUGCUGGGGGAUGCUUUCCUUCACCAAUUGCCACAUGCUUUUGGUGGUGUACACUCCCACUCACAUGAUCACCAUGUGGAACAUGAUCAUCUUCAUGAUCACUCCGGUCAUUCACAUGCACAUUCGUUGGAGGAUCUUUCUGUUGGAUUGUCCAUUCUGGCUGGAAUUGUGCUCUUUCUUAUUGUUGAGAAGCUUGUGAGGUAUGUUGAAGAUUUUUCUGGAGGAGCCGAUGAAUGGAGUCAUGGUCAUCAUCAUCAUCAUCGUCAUACGCACAUCACAAAGUUGAAGGAUGACGAUGAUGCUAAUGACAACGACCAACUGUCUCCGAAGAAGAGCGGAAACCUAUCAGAAAAGACAGCUGGAGGGAGUGAAGUGGACGGCGUGUCUGCUGACUCUCCCAAUGGGGAAAAGCCAAGUGGAGGAGCUGUUCUCCGGAAGAGGAAUACUGGCUCCAGUGCUGCUGACGACAAUACUGUUUUAGAUGCUGCAAAUUGCACUACCAAUUCUGAGUCAGUUGGAAAGGAACAGGCUAAAUCACGGUCAAGCCUUGUCUUUGGUUACCUCAACCUCUUCUCUGAUGGUGUUCACAAUUUUACUGAUGGCAUGGCAUUGGGAAGUGCAUUCCUCCUUUAUGGAUCAGUUGGUGGGUGGUCAAGAACUUUGUUUCUUCUAGCUCAUGAGCUCCCUCAAGAGAUAGGUGACUUUGGAAUCUUGGUAAGGUCGGGGUUCAGCGUCUCCAAAGCUCUCUUCUUUAACUUCUUAUCUGCACUAGUGGCACUAGCCGGAACUGCACUGGCGUUGACGUUGGGACAAGAUUCUGGUCAGUCAUCAGUGAUUGAAGGUUUUACUGCUGGCGGCUUCAUCUACAUUUCGGUUGCUGGGGUGUUGGCUGAAAUGAAUAGUAGUGGCAGGACUACCUUGAUGAAUACAGUAAUCCAACUUGUCUCACUAUUAUCAGGGAUGGCUGUUGCUCUUUGUAUCUCCCUUGUUGAAUGACACAAUACAUGCUACUUGUCGUGUUCGUAGAGAGGGGUUGAAGUCUCCCCCCAUAGGUAUAAGAACAGCCUUCCGGUGUUACCUGUUACGACAACAUCCGGUCAGAGAAUACACAUUACUUGUCUGAUAUUGAUGAAAUUAAUGAACAUCGUGAAAAGUUCAUCUUCAUCAUUUAUUUUCUACUCGUUUUGCUUGU